UGAAGGUCAAAUUAUCACAUAACCUUAAAAAUUUCGUAACAUUGAGUUCUUUAAUGUGCGCUUUUGCACGCUUGAAAAUAGUGAUAGUGAUUGUGCAUAAUUAUAAUAAUUAAUGUGUUGUGCCGGGCAUAAUGUACGAACAACUGAAGGGUACCAAACUGCGGCAGUUUCUAAUUCUGCACUGCAGAAUAAUCUUGUACAUAUCUGGCAUUCACUAUCCAAAGUGGCCAAAGUACAUUUACCCAAUUUUCAUGCUACUAAAGUACAUAAAACUUAGAAAAGCAAAGACACACUUCAAGUUACAUGCCGUGCCGACAAAUUUUAUUGUCCACACAACAUCUAAUAAUCAUUUAGUGGAUGCUAACAACUGUAUUCUAAUUAAUUUAAUGUAUCACAGUGCCAUUUUAAAUUCAGCUGAGUUUGCUCAAUUAAAAUUUGGUAAUCUAACUAGACUGGUGCAGGUUGUACCCACAGAGGCAUUAGAAUUAAAUUCUAAUGAAAUCCUGGUGAGUUACACAUUGAAACACAAUUUGAAGAAUAUUGGCUGUGAUGAUACCAUGAAAACAUGCCAGGUGUUGCCAGUAAAUAUAAAUAUCAUUAAAACUGCUGCAGAAGUGCAUUUGGCUGGUGUAACCUGCCAACAAGUACUAGCAAAUUCGGUCACUGACAUUAUAUUGAAGAGUUACUUUAGAAAUCCGAAACUUGUCUACAAAAACGAUUUGAUUCCUAUAAGUUUAAAGCAGCAUGCUGCUGAAUUCCACUAUACAAAUUUAACUUGCAAUGAAGUAGAUGAAAUGUACUUCAAGUGUCAGCAGAUUAGUAUUGAAGGUGUUAGUGAUUGCAUUGAUGGAUAUUUUUGUGUAGUUGGAGGAACUACUUUAACAUUGGCAGCUGAAAUUCAAUCAAGUUUGCCUCAAACAGUCAAUAUUAUGAGACAGAACUUGUGUGAUAGUAAACAUGACCAACUUGUGAUUAAUUCAUGCCCGUAUGGGCUUGAAACGUACUUAAACAAGCUUGAAAUUGCUUCAAAACCUUUUUUAAACAAUGUGAAAUUAAAGUUAAAUCCAAUGUUUUUAAUAACGGGCCCAAAAGGCAGCGGCAAAGCCCAGAUUUUAUCCAGUUUGAGUCAAAAGUUGGGGAUGAAGAUGUGCCGUGUUAGCAAUGUCGACCUCAGUGCGCAGGCGUACGCACAGACUGAAAUUAAAAUUAAGAACGCCAUGUUUCGCGCAAAAGUUUGCGCGCCUUGCAUGCUGGUUAUAAAUAAUUUUGAGGAGUUUUGUAAAAACAACGAAGGACAACACGAUCCACGCAUCAUAAAUCAUUUCAAAACCGAACUUGAUCUUCUAUUUUCGUCAACUGAACAACCAAUUGUUUUAAUUUGUGUGAGUAAUUCAAAAGAAUUACCAUCUGACUUGGGGCGCAUGUUGGAAACUAUCAAAAUAAACGCUCCUAGUCAAGAAGAACGCGAAUUACUUCUUAGCUGGAUUCUUGCCAAUGAAAGUUUAACCUCUGAUUAUGUCAAAGACAUUGCUGCAAAAACUCACGGUUUUUUGUUUGAAGAUUUGAAGGCGUUAGUUCAUUUUGCAAAUGGCCGCCAAGUUGUUACUGCAAACGAUUUUGAAUCCGCGUUAGACAUAAUGCAAAAUAGUUAUACUGAAAGUUUGGGAGCGCCUAAAGUUCCGAAAGUGCAAUGGUCCGAUGUGGGUGGCUUGGAGGACGUUAAACAGGAAAUUAUCAAAACGAUAAAUUUACCGCUUAAACAUCCAGAACUGCUGAAAACUGGUUUAAAACGUUCGGGUAUUUUAUUAUAUGGUCCGCCGGGCACUGGAAAAACUCUCAUGGCCAAGGCAGUUGCCACCGAAUGCGGUUUAUGUUUUCUUUCUGUCAAAGGACCUGAGUUAUUGAACAUGUACGUAGGACAAUCAGAACAAAACGUCCGGGAAGUUUUUGAAAAGGCGCGUUCCGCCGCACCAUGCAUCAUAUUUUUUGAUGAACUGGAUUCCCUAGCUCCGAAUCGUGGUAUUUCCGGUGAUUCCGGCGGUGUAAUGGACCGCGUCGUUUCACAACUUUUAUCAGAGAUGGAUGGACUUAAUCAAAACGCAACUAUAUUUGUUAUUGGGGCUACAAAUCGCCCGGAUUUAAUUGAUCCGGCUUUAUUACGUCCCGGCAGGUUUGAUAAACUGUUAUACGUUGGGCCCUGCACUGAUGCAUCUGCAAAACUCGGCGUUCUUCGUGCCUUGACUCGCAAAUUUAAGUUUUCUGACAAAUUGAGUUUGGAAAAAGUCGUCAAGACGUGCCCUGCAAAUAUUACAGGCGCAGAUUUCUACGGGAUUUGUUCCAGUGCUUGGAUGUCAGCCGCCAGUCGAUUAAUACGAAAAAUCGAAAAAGGAAAACUUGCAGGCAGUGAAAAUCUAACGCAGAAUGAUGUUAUCGUCACUUUUAAAGAUUUUGACGAUGCUAUUAAGAGUACGAAACCUUCGGUAAAUGCUUCCGACAUGGCGUACUUCGAGAAACUUCGGCAUGAACUGAGCACGAAAUAAAACGGUAUGAUAAUUUUCUCUUUAUAUAUAUUAAAUUUGCAAAUUUCAUACGAAUUUAUCAUAUUUGCUACGUAUACACUAUUCUAAAUACGUCUGGGUCAAAUAUCACAAAAGUAUCCACAUGGCUUUUUUUGGUGUGUGGAUUAUGUUUUACAGUUAAGUAGAGUCGGACAUAUUAUAUCACAUAUCACAAUUUUGCGCGUCGACAGUCAUGUUAGUCAGUCCAGUAUAAAUAAAUAAAUACGUUUUUAACAUUAA